AUGACGAUUGAAUUGAUAAAAUCCAUAAAGGCACAUAAUGAUAAGGCAUGGAGUGUAUCAUCACAUCCUACAAUUCCAAUUUUAGCAACAGCAUCAACUGAUCAAUCAACAAAACUAUAUAAAUUAUCAUCAAAACAAGAUUUCCCAUUGAUUGCUAAAUUAGAUGAUGCUCAUAAAAGAUCAAUUCGUUCAGUUUCUUUUAAACCUCCAUUAGGUGGGAUUGAUAAUCCACCUGAUAAUAUAUUAGAUUUACCGGCAUUGGCUGCUGGAUCAUUUGAUUCAAAUAUUAGUAUUUGGGGAGUUGAUGAACCUGAUUCCUUAUAUGAUCUUGAAGAAAUAAUUGAAAAUCAACAAGAAAUAUUGAGUAGUUCAAAUAAUGAAUGGAAUUUAAUGGCAAUUAUAGAAGGUCAUGAAAAUGAAGUUAAAUCAGUUGAUUGGAAUUAUGAUGGAAGAUUUUUAGCUAGUUGUUCAAGAGAUAAAUCUGUUUGGAUUUGGGAAACUGAUCCUGAAACUUUAGAAGAAUUUGAAUGUGUUAGUGUAUUAAAUGAUCAUUCUCAAGAUGUCAAAAAUGUAACUUGGCAUCCUUCUUUGAAUAUAUUAGCAAGUUCUUCUUAUGAUGAUACUAUAAGAAUUUAUAGUCAAGAUGAAGGUGAUUAUGAAUGGAAUUGUGUUGGUAUACUAAAUGGUCAUGAAGGUACCGUAUGGUGUUCAAAAUUUGAAAAUUUUAAAAGUCCAAAUGCAAAAAAUUCCGACAAAAUAAGAUUAGUUUCAAGUAGUGAUGAUUUAACAGUAAGAAUAUGGUCUGCUGAUAGAUUACAAGAUGGUAAUACAAAUGAUCUUCCAAGUUCAAUAAGAGAAGUUAAAGAAAUGACUUGGGAAUUAGAAUGUAUUUUACCUCAAGUACAUAAAUAUCCUGUCUAUUCAGUUGCUUGGUCUUCUAUUACUGGUAAAAUUGCAAGUGCAGGAUCAGAUGGUAAAAUUGUUAUUUAUUCAGAAACUUCAAGUGGGAAUUGGGAAAUUGAAUCUGUUCAUGAAUUAUCUCAUGGAGUUGCAGAGAUUAAUUGUAUAAUCUGGGCUCAAUUGGAUGAUAAAACAGAGAUUUUAGUCACGGCUGGUGAUGAUGGAUGUAUCAAUUUCUGGAAAGUAUAA